AUGGCGGCGCUGGCCGUUACGCCCUGGCGAGACGGCGGCGCCGAUCUGGCCGGCGGUCCGCCACAGGCCGUAACGCCGUCCAGUUCGGACAAGAACGGCGGUCCGAACAGCUAUAGACAGUGGUGGCGACAACUGGGAAACGUGAGGGGCAACUGUGGCAGGACAAACACGUCGGGAAACACGUGCGUCAGGCGGAGGAAAUCCUUCUUCAAGAGGAGCGUCAGGAGGAACCUGACGUACACCGUGGUCGGGGCCCCCAAGGAACCUGUCUAUCGACCCCACCCAAAGUGCCAGUUGUGCCGGCUCAAGAAAGGCAGAUGUUUAGAUUCCGGAGCAUUUCGUGAGCCGGUACAGAGGGGGCGGGUCCCCCCAAGCCAACAUGCUCUCCCAGGCCAGAUGACACUGACCAACGGCGACGCUCUCAAUGGCUCUCAUUCCUACCUGUCCAGCUUUAUCUCCUUGCUGUUGCGGGCCGAGCCUUACCCGCCGUCGCGGUACGCCCAGUGUAUGCAACCCAACAACAUUAUGGGUAUCGACAAUAUCUGCGAACUUGCUGCGAGACUGCUGUUCAGCGCAGUCGAGUGGGCCAGGAACAUUCCUUUCUUCCCUGACCUUCAAGUGACCGACCAGGUGGCGCUCUUGAGGUUGGUUUGGAGCGAACUUUUCGUACUGAACGCUUCUCAGUGCUCCAUGCCCCUGCAUGUGGCGCCCCUUCUAGCGGCUGCGGGACUACAUGCGUCCCCUAUGGCUGCGGACAGAGUGGUGGCCUUCAUGGACCAUAUACGAAUCUUCCAAGAACAAGUGGAAAAGUUGAAAGCGCUGCAUGUAGAUGCGGCAGAGUACAGUUGCCUCAAAGCGAUAGUCCUCUUCACAACAGGUAAGUCACUAUUUAAAUAUUAUUACAGUGCUGUUUUUAUCUUAUGUUUAACAAGUCUGAGGUACUACAUUUGGGUACUUGAUACCCAAAUGUAG